GAAAAUAGACGUCACGAACUCUAAUCACGUGACACAGAGGGCGCUUCUGUUAGGUUCCCGAUUCCAUGGUGUGUUGAGGGUCCACUACUUUUUCAGAUUUUUUUUUAUUAUAUUUGAAGAGAAACCAACUUUUAGAAAAGUUACCUGGUGGGAUUGUGUGGGUGGUGAUGCGGGUGUGACAAUGUCGAACACAGCAGACACAGAGGUAACCGAUGGAGAUGAGAGGCAUGAAUCUGGUUCUGAGUCCACAGCAAAGAUUGCUGGGAAAAUGCUGGAGCCACAAUUGCUUGAUAGUACUCCGGUGGAACCAGUGAAGAUGAAUGGCCUGGCUGGGGACAAAGCAGAAACAGUAAAUGGCCUGCUUGGAACCAAACCCACUUCGUCUACCACGGAUGAUGGAGCCCUUGCGCUAGGCAUGGAUUCAACAUCUGAAGACAAAGAACAGAAUGCCAACACAGAACCAGACCAUUCUGUUACAAAUGGCUCAUCUGAGGCCCAUGAUAGUAAGAUGGAUAAUGAAUCAAGUAGAAAUUCAGAGAACAAUGAAGAAGACUCGCAAGACUCUAAUGGAAGUAAAGACUCUAUAAAGUCUGAUCUCAGUAAAAGCUCAAAAGAAAAUGAAAAUGACAGUCUCGUAGGUACUGUUAAAGAUGAUGAUGGAGGUGAAAUACUUAUUACUUUGAAUACAGAAGAUGGUGACAAAAAAGAUGAUGAUGAUGAUAAUGAGGAUGAGAAUGAUGACAAUGAUGAGAAAAUGGAUAUUGGUGAAACAGAUCAAAUUGAGAAAAAAGAUGAUAGCAAAACAGAAUCUGGGGAGCAGACUAAGAAAACAGAGGUAAAAACUGUAAAUAACACUGGUGCUCAAAACAAACCUCUUGAAGCAAGGAUAGGAGCCCCUAGCCUGCCAGCCCCUCCCCCUCUCACACCUGCCCCAGGGGUAGUGGCUAUGCUCCCUGUGUCAAGCCCCAACACCAGUGUGUCUGCAAAUUCUCCCAUGUUAGUUAGCACAGGCUACACUCUGCCUGGCGGUGCCACAGUUGUGCAGCAAGGCAGUCAGUACGGGUACAUCACAAAGAUGGGAGCUCAGACUUUGUUCGUACCUCUUGUUCCCAAUCAAGGCAGCCAGUCUGCGGUUCUGGGCCAGCUGUCUGUACGGGCAGGUGCUCCAGCCCCCCAGCAGCCUGCUGUAUCCAAGCCGACCCCAGCUCCCCAGACGGCACCAAUCCCACCACCCAAGUCAAGCUGGGAAAUGAUGGAACUAAUGCGAUGGGAGGUUCAGAAUAGGAUAGCUGACAACUGGAACUGGUCUGUAGCCUUUCAUCAAAAGAAGGAUGAACUAAGCUCGGUCACUUCAUUCCUGUUAGAACUCGGCAGCGAUGUUGUGAAAGAACAGGUGUACAAGGACAUAAUACACAUACAGACCAAGAAAAAACAUUCUGGUGAACUGAAAGAUACUGAGGUCGAAAGUCUUGACAAGAUGAAAACUGUCUAUGACAAUACCAGGAAGAAAGUGGAACAUCUUCAGCUUAAGAAUAUAGCAUGUAAACACUGUAAUUUUAAAACCGAGUCAAAGGUAGUAUUGGAGAACCACAGCGAUGCUCCUCAUUUUGACCCUCCUUGGGACACAAACAGAGGAUGGAUGGAGUGUUCACACUGUGACUACCGCACUAGGGUAGUAGCUCAGUUCCUCUUCCACAUGCAAGACAUCCACAAACGCCAGGCUAAAUUUGUAGAUCGCGAUCCACCAUUCCAAUGUUCACUCUGCCCAUUUAACUCAAAUACAAAAAAUAAGAUUGAAAAGCACAUUGGGAAAUGUAUGAAACAUUUUAAGCUGCAGGGUAACUUGCAGCCUUAUUAUCAUGAUGUUAAUUAUUGCAUGAAGUCGUGCUUUUACAAGCCCAAGAAGCCUGUAUUGAAGCCUGCCCCACCACCUCCUCCUCCAGCUGUUAAGCCUGCCACUCGGCCUGCCAUGCACACACGCCAGCAGGGGUCUAUAGCUGCACCCCCAAUGUUGCCUACAGCAACGCGCCAGUUGCGCCCCACUGUUCCACAGAUUGCUCCACGGCCUCAGGUUAGCCAGCAGGCUCCUGGUCUGCGGGCCCCUGCCCCUGGACAACAGACAGCCAUGCGCUCCGCUACCCCAAGGUUCCAACCCCGUACUCCACAGCAGCCACCAAGACCCAACAAGGAGAUGGCUGGCUUCGAGGUGUGUGAGUUGUGUGGAGGAUAUGUGAAGGACAGGCAGGCAUUGAGAAUCCACUUUUAUUAUGCACACAAAGUUGAAUUGCCACAAGCCAUAUUUAGUCGUCCAAAUGCUCCUUUGCUGUGCGGUGUGUGCAAAGCAACUUUCUGGACCACCCAGGGUUUGACAAAACAUAAGAAAACUCAGUGGCACUUUACCCCUUCGACAACAGGCAACACUACCACUCCUGCCAGCGCUGAUGGAAACAGUGGCAACCACUCAUGUUUCAUGUGUCACAGAAAAGUUCCAAACAUCUUCGUUCAUGUGGAGCAGACUCAUGGUAUGACGAUGAAAGACAUGGUCCUCAUGAAGAAGUGCAUCAUGUGUGGGGUGACUGGGACAGACAGAAGGGCUCUUGAGGUUCAUAUGGCCACAGCACAUGGUGUGCUCAUCAAGUCCAGCGACUAUGUCCAAGACAAGCCAGCUGUCCAGAAGCCUUCUUCCCCAGCUGGUCCUCUCCCGGCAAAAAACAUUGGCAAGAUUAACUUCUGCGUGUUCUGUGAAAUUCAGUUUCCGGACAACAUUCAACUAACUGUUCAUUGCUUGAAAAAGCAUGCCACAUGCAGAACAUGCGGUAUGGUCGUACCUUCAUCUGUUCACCUGGAAAAUCAUGCAGAUAAGUGUAUGAAAGCCAACAAAAAAUGCACUAUAUGUGGCUUGAGAAAUAUGACUCCUGAUAGUUAUGCUACACAUUUAAAUAGGCAUAUAAAGAAAUGCUCAGUUAAAAUACAAAAUCUGACUGACGACCAGAUUGAUGAAGCUGUUGAAAAACUAAAACGGGAGUACAAGCCAGUGUUAAUCAGUCUAGACUCGGAUGAUUCUGAUGUUGAAGUUGUAGAAACUAAACCUAGCAAAAUGAAAGUAGUUAUUGAUAAAGAUGAUAACAAAAGACCCCCCAAAAAUAAUGACAUCGAAGAACUAAAAAUUGUAGAUGUGCGAUCUGAAGUUGGGAACAGUGAAGAAAAGACAGAUGAUAAGAAAAAAGGUGGUGCAGAAACUGAAAAUAAGACUGAGACAGAAAAUUCCAGUGGUAUUUCCGACAAAGAUAAGCAAAAAGUUGCACUUGACGUACAAGCUUCUGAGAGGGAAGAUGUUGAAAAGGAGUCUGAGAAGGUUAAUAUUGAUCAAAAGUCUGAAAAUGUUGAUGCUAAACAGGACUCUGAAAAUGUUGAUGUUGAAAAGGAUUCUGUGGCUGUUCAGAAGGUUGAACAGGAGUCUGAGAAUGUUAAGGUUGAACAGGAGUCUAAGAAUGUAACGGUUGAACAGGAGUCUAAGAAUGUAACAGUUGAACAGGAGUCUAAGAAUAUUACGGUUGAACAGGAGUCUGAGAAUGUUGAACAGGAAUCUGAGAAUGUUCAGAUUGAAAAGGAGUCUGAGAAUAUUAAUGUUGAACUGGAGUCUGAAAAUGUUGCAGUUACACAGGAGUCUGAGAAUGUUGAUGAUUGCAACAGUAAGGAAACUGAUAAUGAGGAGAUGAAAAUGGAUGAAGAUGUGCUGCUUGGUAAAUCUGAAUCUGAAGAGAGAAUGAGUGAGAUAGCUGAUGGGAAGGAAGAAAUUGACGAGGAUAAACUGCUGGGUGAAGAAGACAGUGAACACUCUCUUAAAAGAAAGAGUCCAGAGGAGGAUAUAUCUGUUGAAACUGAACCAAAGAAAAUAAAACUAGAUUCAAAGGGUUCAUGACAUGACUGAUAUAUUUCUACUAAUGGUGGUGCAAUUAUCUCUAUACUUAAGGGUUGAAUUUCAUUGUUGUGCAUUCAUUCUGUAUAUUUAAAUCAGUGUUAUUUUUAGUAUUGGUUAUACACAAAUUUUACAUUUGUUCAACAUUCAUGUAUGUUUCUAAAUUGUAACCAAUCUCAAAUUGUGGACACUCCAGUGCUCAUUGUUCAAGACUUUGGUAAAGGUGUCUUAAUUUACAUGUAACGUUGCAGUUAAGCUAUAAGGCUGCAUAUUUUAGACAACCCCAGCUGUUUUACUAUAAAAUAGAUAUAUAUACUCUAUUUUGAAAAACUGCAAAACUAGCCAUCAUUUGUAAGUAGAAUACUUCAUUUGCCAUAUAUUAAUGACUGUUCUUGUUUGUGUUUUGUCUAUACACAUUAGCAUUUAAGGAUAUUUCUUUCUUCGAUAUCUUUAGUGGUAAAAUUUUUAUUUAGUCCAAUUUGGUUAACCUGCAGUACAUUUACUUAAGUAGAUCAGCUGUUAUUGAUUUUAAUCAGGUGAAUUGUUAUUUUAAAUACGCUGGGCAAGUACACUUAAUAUAAUCUCGACCACUGAGCUGAUAAAAGGGUUAGAAGUAUGCAUUUACCAAAAACAUUAACCAACUAGUUUUGGUAAAUGCAUACUAAUAACCUUAAACCAUAACUCAUUGAUCAAUUUCAAAACAUUUUGCCUUGUUAAUAUGAAUGCUUACGGAACAAACGGGACAUAAAUGACAUAAUCAAGUUAUGUUUUUAUUAGCAAAUCUGUUGUUGUGUUGUUGCUUCUUGCAUUAAAUAUAUUGUAAGGAUAUUGUCAUAGAAUUGGUUGAUCAGCCGUGUCAAUUUCUAACAAGAUGUUGUCAGAGCACCUGGUACACGGUCAUGUUACCAAUUACAAUUUUCUCAUUUACAACUCGUUGGUCUGGUUUAUAUUUACAACUUUGGUUUAAAUAAUACUUUUUAUACGCCCAUCUUACGAUGGCCGUAUUAUGGGAACACCCAUGGCGGGCGGCUCCACAAUGUUGUCCGCUCUCUAACUUGAACAUUUCUCAUCCAAUUUCCACCAAACUUCAUGAAAGUGUUUGUUGGUGAAAUAUCUAGGUCAAGUUCGAUAACCAGCCAAAUCGCUUUAGGCACUCCAGAGUUAUGGCCCCCUGAAUUUGUCAAAAUUGGCUAUUUUAGCUUUGUCCGCUCUCUAACUUGAACAUUUCUCAUCCAAUUUCCACCAAACUUCAUGAAAGUGUUUGUUGGUGAAAUAUCUAGGUCAAGUUCGAUAACCAGCCAUAUCGCUUUAGGCACUCCAGAGUUAUGGCCCCCUGAAUUUGUCAAAAUUGGCCAUUUUAGCUUUGUCCGCUCUCUAACUUGAUCAUUUCUCAUCCAAUUUCCACCAAACGUCAUGAAAGUGUUUGUUGGUGAAAUAUCUCGGUCAAGUUCAAUAACCAGCCAAAUCGCUUUAGGCACUCCAGAGUUAUGGCCCCCUGAAUUUGUCAAAAUUGUCCAUUUUAGCUUUGUCCGCUCUCUAACUUGAACAUUUCUCAUCCAAUUUCCACCAAACUUCAUGAAAGUGUUUGUUGGUGAAAUAUCUAGGUCAAGUUCGAUAACCAGCCUAAUCGCUUUAGGCACUCCAGAGUAAUGGCCCCCUGAAUUUAUCAAAAUUGGCCAUUUUAGCUUUGUCUACUCUCAAACUUGAACAGUUUUUAUCCGAAUUUCACCAAACUUGCUACUAUAAAUGUUUGUUGGUAUAUAUUCUUGGCAAAGUUCUAUAUAUAACCAGCCAGGCUCUUCAGGAUUAUGGCCCUUGAAUUGGUCAAAAUUUGCCAUUUUUGCUUUGUCCACUGUCUAAUUUAAACAGUUAUCAUCUGAUCUUCACCAAACUUGCUGAAAAUAUUUGUUGGUAAAAUAAAUCGGUCAAGUAUGAUAAUCAGCCAAAUGCCCCGAAGCACUUCAGGAUUACUGCCCUUGCCAUUUAAGCUUUGUCUACUCUCUAACUUGAACAAUUCUCAUCUGACCUUCACCAAACUUGCUGAAAAUGUUUGUAGCUAUAAAAUCUUUACCAAGAAUGUUUGCAGGUAUAAAUGCUUUGCCAAGUACACACUGAUUGUCUCUUGGGUACGAUUAAGGAUGAAUCAUCUCUUGGAGACGAUUUUUACAUGAAUGUUGUUUUUCAAAUCCCGAACACGUUGAUCGUCUUUGGGAAAUCAUUUGCUUCUUGAAAAGCUUGCUUCUCAAAGGGCCAAUGUGACAGUAAGUUGUCUUAGAAUCCAAGAAAUUAUUGAUGGGUGUAUUUUGUGAGUGUCACUCUUGUUGCCCAUUAAUUUUUAUUGACUGAAAAAACAACAACAGAUGAGCGUAAGCAAGAGCUUGAAGUGAUCUUGUUCACCUUGAUUGCAAGUGAUGUUUGUUAUUGGUAUGAUGAAAAUGUGUGUUUAAAAAUGUGUAUUGACUGAUCACCAACCAUUGUUAUUUAUCAAAAUGAUAUAUAGAAAAUAACAUGAUAAAAGAAUCUAAAGUGAA